CUUUGCCUUCAUUGAUGCUAAGGCCCCCCAUCACCUGCAACCUCACACUUGUGCUUUUGCUAGCUUGUCCCUCCUCAGAAAUGGCCAUCCUGGCGUCCAUGGCGGCAAUGGCGUUCUUGCUGCUGAUGGAGGCAAUGAGCGUGUCACACGGCCAGCUUCAGGUCGGGUUCUACUCCGACUCCUGCCCCGACGCUGAGGACAUCGUCACCGCCGCCGUCCAGGACGCCGCCGGCUCCGACCCCACCAUCCUCCCCGCCCUCCUCCGCCUCCAGUUCCACGACUGCUUCGUCCGGGGGUGCGACGCGUCGGUGCUGAUCCGGAGCGCGCGGAACGACGCGGAGGUGAACAACAACAAGCACCAGGGGCUGCGCGGGCAGGCCGUCGUGGACGCGGCCAAGGCGGAGCUCGAGGACCAGUGCCCCGGCGUCGUCUCCUGCGCCGACAUCAUCGCGCUCGCCGCGCGCGACGCCAUCGCCAUGACGGGCGGGCCGUCGUUCGACGUGCCGACGGGGCGGCGCGACGGGCUGGUCUCCAACCUCCGCGACGCCGACGUGCUUCCGGACGUCGUCGAUUCCAUCCAGGUGCUCCGCUCCAGGUUCGCCGCCAGCGGCCUCGACGACCGCGACCUCGUCCUCCUCACAGCGGCGCACACGAUCGGCACGACGGCGUGCUUCUUCGUGAAGGACAGGCUGUACAACUACCGCCUCCGCGGCGGCGGCGUCGGGUCGGACCCGUCCAUCCCGGCGGCGUUCCUGGCGGAGCUCAAGGCGCGGUGCGCGCCGGGCGACUUCAACACGCGCGUCGCGCUGGACCGCGGCAGCGAGCGCGACUUCGACGACUCCAUCCUCCGCAACAUCCGCUCCGGCCUCGCCGUCAUCGCCUCUGACGCCGCGCUCGACGCCAGCAACGCCACGCGCGGCCUCGUCACGGCCUACCUCGGCGCCGCGUCGCGCAGGUUCGAGCGGGACUUCGUCGCCGCCAUGGUGAAGAUGGGCACCAUCGGCGCGCUCACCGGCGACGACGGCGAGGUCAGGGACGUGUGCUCCCAGUUCAACACCGACUGAUUGAUCGAUCGAUCGAUCCAUCGGUCGAACACUGUACAUUUCUUCUGAAAGAUCAAAUCGAUUCAAGAAUUCAACAACAAAUGAAAUGAUAUACUCCAUGAAAGAAAAGAUUAGGAUCUCUCUCUUUCUGUGUGUGUGUUCGUGUGUGUACUCCAAAUGUGAUACAAAUUUCACAUUGAAAUUCGGCAGAAUUUGAGGAAUUAAGCUUGAAAGUUUGCUGGAGAAAUCAGUUUGGUCGAUUGUUCGAGUGGCGAGAUCAUGCAGCAAUGCAAUGCGAGUACUCUGAAGUUGGUCUGUCUCUGCUUGAUCAGUGAAACACUGUACAAUUCUUCAGAAAGAUCAAAUCAAUUCAAGUAGUCAACAAAUGAAAUGAUA